GCCAUUUUACAUCAACCCAGUGGAAAAUAGGUUGCGAAGAUGACGGCUCAAAUGGAAAAUCAACUGUGCAAGCUGUUUGUCGGUGGCCUCAACGUCCAGACCACCGACGACGGGCUGCGAAAUCAUUUCGAGCAAUACGGAGCGCUCACGGACUGCGUGGUUGUGCAGAACCAGCAGCUGAAGCGCUCGCGUUGUUUCGGUUUCGUGACCUACUCGAGCCCCGAGGAGGCGGACUCGGCCAUGGCGGCCCGCCCGCACGUUCUGGACGGUAACAACGUCGAGCUGAAGCGGGCCGUGGCCCGGGAAGACGCGGGCAAACCCGAGGCCCUCGCGAAGGUGAAGAAGAUAUUCAUCGGCGGGCUUAAAGACGAUAUCGAGGAGGAUCACCUCCUCGACUGCUUCUCCCAGUUCGGCGCGGUUGAGAAGGCGGAGGUGAUCACGGACAAAGAGACCGGCAAGAAGCGGGGCUUCGGCUUCGUGUAUUUUGAAGACAACGACUCGGCCGAUAAAGCCGUGGUGCUCAAGUACCACGUUAUUAACGGGCAUAAAGUGGAGGUGAAGAAAGCCCUGACCAAGCAGGAGAUGCAGGCCGCCGGUGGCCGUGGCGGCCGCGGAAGGGGGAUGGGAAGACCGCAGAACGGCUACGGCGGGCGCGGCAGCGGAUACGGUAACUACAGCGGCGGCUAUGGAGGCAAUGACGGCUACGGUGGCGGGUAUGGGGGAGGCUACGGGGACCAAAUGGAGGGCUACGGCGGAGCGUAUAUUAGCGGCGGCUAUGGAGGCAAUGACGGCUACGGUGGCGGGUAUGGGGGAGGCUACGGGGACCAAAUGGAGGGCUACGGCGGUGGUAACGGCUACAAUGACUUUGGCAGCGGCUAUGGCCAGCAGUCCUCUGGUUAUGGCCCAAUGAAAUGUAAUUACUCGGGCAGAAGCAACGCUCCUUACUCCCGAGGAGGAGGAGGUGGUGGUGGUGGUUACGGCAGGGGGGGUUACGGAGGCUCGUAUUAGGAGCGUAUAUUAGGUCACAAAUUAAGAGCAGCUCCUUCCCCAGCCCACAUCACAGUUUUGACCACACAUUAUCUUCAGCUAAGUAGCCAGAUUGAGCCACCUUAAUGAGGCAUGGCAUUGACUGAAACACUCGAGCUCCAUUCAGGAGUUCACAACUUUAUCCAGCCUAGCAGAUCAUAGGUAACGUUAGGGCUCACCUAUCCGACUUUACUCAACAUCUCACAGCUGUUACUGCUACUACUACACAUCCUUUUGCUCUUUUCCCUGAAGUACUAGGGAGUUUUUUUCCCCAGCAAGACAUAGGACUACUACUCCGGAUCUCUACUUAUUAUAAGACUGGCCAGUGGUGUCUUGGCAGGCUACUUGUUCGGGAAACUGUUACUCACGUUUUUUGUGCUUUGGGGUUAAGUUAAGAGUAGUAGUUUUUGCUUGUUAAUUAUUGUAUGCAUGCGUUUAUCUACUUUUAGUAUAUGUAUUGUAUUUUUAUUGUGUGUUUUCUUUUUAAUACAUUAUAGGGUUGCAAAACGAUGA